AUGGCCUCCCUCACCCAAAAGUCUCGCUAUGUCUACUGGCCAGAGAUCAGCUCGAUGGUCUACGUCUUUUGCGGUAUCAAGGACGCGGACGAGGAACUCGUGCAGUUCAUUGAGGAGGUUGUCAAGAAGGAGAUGGUCGAACUGGCGUCUCGGCGAGGCGGACGCGCCAUCAGUGUCGAGGACCUCAUCUUCCUCGUCCGGCACGACCGCGCCAAGGUGAACCGGCUGAAGAGCUACGUGAGCUGGAAGGACGUCAGGAAGAAGAUGAAAGAGCCCGAGGCCGAUGACGAGAUUGACGGCAUGGAGGAGCCGGUAUCGGACAAGACUCUCAAGGUCAUCAAGACGACUGUCCGACUACCGUGGGAGCUCAGCGAUGCAUGGGCGGAUUACUUGCGAAGGGAGGACGAGCCUGAGGACGACGAGGCAGAGGCGUACGAAGUGAACAAACAGCGGUUGCGGGAAGCGGACAUGCUGACGAGCAAGAUGAGCCGCGACGAGUACGAGCAGUACUCGCAGGCUCGGCAGGCUUCGUUCGUUUACCGGAAGAACAAAAAGUUCCGCGACUUCCUCGCCCUCCCGGCUAUGCUCGACGUCGUCUUCGCCUCGGACGAAGUGAUCGACGUCCUCGGUUUCCUCGCCUACGAGUGUGUGCGCGCGCUCUGCGACGCCGGCAUCGCAAACAAGAAGGUCAUGGAGGCUGCUGCAGCGCGUGUGCAGGAGGCGAAACGGAGGAAGGAGAUCCGGGAGGGGAAGAAGCGAGGGCGGGAGGAGGGCGAGGCGGAACGGACGGGUGAGGACGAGGCGAUGGAGGAUGCGACGGCUAGCGCAUCGCCCGGCAAGGAGGGUAUGAUGACGCGAAGAAAAAGCUGGAGCACCUCGCCGUCGAAGCGAGGGAGGAAGGGCUUCGAAGCGCCAACCUCGACUGAGAAGCAGCAACAGCCUGCGACUUCGCCGCGCAACAAGCCGCUUGAGAUCCCGACGUCCCUCUUCUCCGCUCCUCUGCCGGAGGCCACCCAGCCCGCGCCGACAGCCACGCUCACCACGACGGGCAGCACCGUCGUCUCAGCAGAAGGAGGAGGCGCUGACCCGGGCACGACAGUUGUCGCCGAGAUCCCGCUUCUCCUCCAGCUCCAGGACGUCAUGCAGGGUUUCCACGCCGUGCAGCAUACACAGGAGGCGCUGAAGACGAGUGGGAUGCGGAAUUGGCGGGGCGGGCUUACGAGGGUGUCGAACCGGUUGCUGUAG